AUGUCGGAACCACGCGACAAAAGCGAUGGCGAGACUGAGAAGAGACCACCGUAUGGUCAAUACCAGCUUGAUCUCUACGCUCAGGCGAUGAUCAGCGGGAAAAAGCCCAUCAUCACAACAGACCCCAACAAGCUCGAACAGGCGGCGAAGGAUGUCAUGACCCCCGAAGCCUUCAACUACGUGUUUGGUGGUGCCGGUGAGCAAGCCACAAUGCACGCGAAUCGCCUCGCCUUUCGACAAUGGAAGCUGAUCCCGCGCAUGCUGCGUCCAACCAUGCCGCGGGAUCUCAGUGUCAAGUUAUUCGGAAAAUCAUAUGAAACGCCCAUUUUAAUGGCCCCUGUCGGCGUCCAGGGCGCCUACCACGCGGAUGGGGAAAAUGGGGUUGCUACAGCCUGCGCGUCUCUCGGUGUGCCCUUCAUCUACAGCACGGCCGCAACUGUACCACUGGAAGAGGUGGCCGCCGCAGCCGACCUUUCCGUGGGCAUUUCCCCUCCCUCAUCGUCUUCUAGGCCCCCAACACCUUCCGGGGAAACGCCCGGCCCUGCGACAGGAACGGCGUCGGCCCCAGCACCGACGUCAGUCCCCAUACCCAAAGCCCCACGCUGGUUUCAGCUCUAUUGGCCACUGGAUGACGGGAUUACCGCCUCCUUGCUCUCGCGUGCCCGCGUCGCCGGCUGCGACGUGCUGGUCGUGACGCUCGACACGUUCACCAUGUCGUGGCGCCCGCUGGACCUCGACAACGGGUACCUGCCGUUUGCACUAGGCGAGGGCAACGCGUUGGGGUUCAGCGACCCAGUAUUUCGGCGCAGGUUUGCGGCGCACCUAGCGAGCGAAGGGCAAGGCGACGGUGAAAACGGGAACGAAGAACCGGACCAAGACACAGCUGUUGAGGAUAACGUAAUCGCCGCUAGUCGUUUCUGGCUCGGCGAGGUUUUCUCGGGCUACGCACACCGCUGGGAAGAUCUCGCUACGCUGCGGCGGUUUUGGGGCCAGGACCGGCCGAUUGUGCUGAAGGGAGUGUUGAGCGUGCAGGACGCCGAGAUGGCGGUCCGGGCCGGCAUGGAUGGGAUCAUCGUGAGCAACCACGGCGGGCGGCAGCUGGACGGCGCCGUGCCGAGCUUGGAGAUGUUGCCGGAGAUCGUGGAUGCGGUGGGGGACCGGUUGACAGUCAUGUUCGAUUCGGGGAUUAGGACGGGAGCCGAUGUGCUGAAGGCACUCGCCCUCGGAGCAAAGGCGGUGCUAGUUGGGCGCCCAGUCAUUUAUGGUUUAGGCGCUGCGGGUACGGAGGGUGCGCGGCAUGUCCUCGCAGGGCUCCUAGCAGAUGUGGACCAAUCUAUGGGGUUGGCUGGAGUACAAAACGUGUCCGAGUUGAACCGGAGUAUCCUCAGGAAAAUCAACUAUGGCGGCGAUGUCAAGUCGUCACUUUGA